AUGCCCGGAUGGAGAAAUCGCAAAAAAUGGCGGCUAAUCGACGUCAGUGGCGUUCUUGCUGUUAGCUUCUUUCCAAAUUGUGUGAUUGAGCGCUUGGAGGUCUCGAACUCCCUCUUCCUCAGGUCGACCAACAUUCUUUGGUACGGAUCCAUGUCUACUCUUUUCCGAGCUCGAUUGUCCUCUCUGCGACAUGAAAGACACGGUGUCAGUCGGUUUGCUCUGGCACUGAGUGGAAAUGCGCUGUUUCUCAGGUAUCGGUCGCAGGCUAAACAGUGGUGA